AUGGAACAUACUGGGGAUGAGAGGAAGAAUAGAAUUGAGUCAAUAAAAAAGAAAGCAAUCAGUGCCUCCAACAAAUUCAGGCAUUCUUUGACAAGAAAGAGUCGCCGAAGUAGCAAAGUCAUGUCUGUUGAAAUUGAGGAUGUGCACGAUUCUGAGGAACUAAAGGCUGUUGAUGCUUUCCGUCAAGUGCUGAUAUUGGAGGAAUUGCUUCCAUCAAAGCAUGAUGAUUAUCAUAUGAUGCUCAGAUUCUUGAAGGCCAGGAAGUUUGAUAUCGAGAAAACAAAGCAAAUGUGGUCUGAUAUGCUUCAGUGGAGGAAGGAAUUUGGUGCUGACACAGUCCUGGAGGAGUUUGAAUUCCAGGAACUCAAUGAAGUCUUGGAAUAUUAUCCCCAAGGGCAUCAUGGAGUAGAUAAAGAAGGAAGACCUGUGUACAUUGAGUCAUUAGGCAAAGCAGAUCCUGCCAAGCUAAUGCAAGUCACAAACAUGGACCGCUAUGUCAAAUACCAUGUACGAGAGUUUGAGAGAACUUUUGAUGCCAAGUUUCCAGCUUGUUCACUAGCAGCAAAGAGGCACAUUGAUCAAAGUACAACCAUCUUGGAUGUGCAAGGAGUGGGCCUCAAAAGUUUCACCAAAGCUGCUAGGGAUCUCAUUACUCGCCUUCAGAAGAUUGAUGGCGACAAUUAUCCCGAGACCUUGAACCGCAUGUUCAUCAUCAAUGCCGGUUCUGGAUUCAGGAUGUUGUGGAAUACCGUUAAAUCUUUCCUUGACCCUAAGACAACAGCAAAGAUCCAUGUUCUUGGGAAUAAGUAUCAGAGCAAGUUGCUUGAGAUAAUUGAUGCCAGUGAGUUGCCAGAGUUUCUUGGAGGUACUUGCACAUGUGCUGACAAAGGAGGCUGUGUGCGUUCUGAUAAAGGGCCUUGGAAUGACCCAGAGAUUCUGAAGAUGGUUCAAAAUGGCGAUCACAAAUGUGCAAAGAAAUGCGGAACUCAAUAUCCUGAUGAAAAAACAAUCUGUGAGGAUGACCUACGCUGCUCAAAGAGACUUGACUCUUCUAAGGUGGAGUCAGCUCCAGAGCAUCCACAAUCCUCUCCUGUUCCUGAAAGGGCUUACAAGUUUGAGGACUAUGACCUUUUAGUUGAUAAAUCUAUGGAUAUGAGUUGGAAAAAGGUGGACAAUGGCAUGUUUGAUCUUUCAAAAGAUUGCUAUACUCAGUAUGAUGCUUGCAAGGCUCCCCAGGCAAUCAACUCACCACUCUUCACUGGUGUCAUGGCUUUGGUUACGGGCAUUGUCACCAUGAUUAGAGUGACACGCAAUGUUCCCAGAAAGAUGACUGAUGCCACCAUCUACUCAAGUCCUGUCUAUUGUGAUGACACAGCGGUUAAGAGCCUGGAACACCAGUCACCUGCCCUCUCUAGUGAAGAUUACAUGACUGUCUUGAAACGCAUGGCUGAAUUGGAAGAUAAAGUUAGUGUUCUGAGUGCUAAGCCCGUUUCCAUGCCACCUGAAAAGGAGGAAAUGCUAAAUGCUGCUUUAAGCCGUGUUGAUGGCCUGGAGCAGGAGCUUAUGGCAACUAAGAAGGCUCUCGAGGAAUCACUUGCUCAACAAGCAGAGCUCGUCGCUUAUCUUGACAAGAAGAAGAAGAAGAAGAAGAUGUUGUUCUGGUGAAGAAGAAAGGCAGGAUACUGAAAGGUGCUUAAAUAACCAGUAUUGAUGUGAUUUUCUGUUUUGAAGGAUACUUAAUUGCGUGCUCUCUGGUUCAAAUUCAUGUAUAAAUACAUGUAUAAAAAAGCCAUCAGAGGUUUUGUGAAGAUCCAAUUUGCCAUUCUAACACACAUGUAUCGUCAAUAAAUCCUGGUGUCUUAUUGCUCUACACAAAAUAUAAUGGAAAAACAUCUGAACAUCUAUU